AUGCGACGGUUCUCUCCACAGACACAGACUCUACGUGCCAUGGCAUCUGUGUGGAAUCCCACAUUAUCCCCAUUUCUCUACAUGCACACAAAUCCCCAUACCAGUUCAUCAACAACAACAACAACAAAAGAAGAAGAAGAAAAACAACAACAACGGGAACUAGAAGAAGAGGAGUUUCGUGCAAUGGAUGCCGCACGUGAAGAUGCGGAAAUGCUUCCCAUUGCCUAUAGAUUAGCCGAAAAGGCCGAUGCGCUUGACAAGGAACUGCAAAGAUUAUCAUAUGUGUUGUUUGAAAAGCCGCAACUCGUUGUGGAUACACGUCCAUCUACACUCACAGGAAGACCAACAAGUAUAUUACGAGUUCUGCAGAUGUAUGGAUUGCAGAAUAAUACCCAUUCCACUGUGAAGAGUCCUAAUAAUAAUAAUAAUAAUAAUAGUAAUAAUAAUAAUAAUAAUAAUAAUAAUAAUAAUAAUAAUAAUAGUGUUGGUCCUACUAAUAUGAACAGUCAUUCUACGCAUAGUUCUGUGAAUAGUAUGAAGAUUAGUACUCAUCCACCGUCUGGGUGGAAAAGACCGGUGGGAUCUUCAUCUCCACUGGUGCAAAUAUAUAAGAAAUUACGAUCUUUACUAGAUCCUCGUCGUUCGGUAUUCCAUACGGAAACACAAGAGAAUCAAUUGGCUACACUUACCGCUGAUUUGGAUUAUCUUCGCCGUAUGAAACAACUUCACGCAUUAAAUUAUUACAGUCGAAUGAAUAUGAUCCCCAAACGUCAUAUUUGGCUUGCCCUUUAUGCAGUAUUGUGGAAUAUAAUUAUAGCUGUACAGAAUGCGAUGGGAUGUGUAUUGUUUGGGACCAUGCGUGGAAUACGUGAUCAUGGGAUAAUGAUUGGUCUUUUUCGUGGAAUGGCAACUGGGACUUUACGUGGAUUAUCUUUUCUCUCUUAUGGUUUUCUACUUUCUCCACUUAUUCACAUUCCACGUGGAUUAUGCAAUAGUGUUUAUGGUGUUUGGAAUGCUUUUACAGGCACUCUCUUCUUUGAGGCGAGUUCGGGCCGUUGGCAGUACUGCACCGUUGUGGAUGCGGUGUGGCUGCAGCGGUCCCUGCGAUUAGAGCAGCGGGCCAUUCGCGGCGUGGGGCGAUUGGAGUUUCGCCGUAAGAACAUGCAGCCAGAGGAGAAAUGGAAACAACGACUUAUGAGUAUGGGAUUCUCCUUUGAUAAAGUGUAUAAUAAUAAUAAUAAUAAUAAUAAGAAUAACAAUAAUAAUAAUAAGAAUGGCAAACACUAUCAACAGUCCUCUGCAGGGGAGGAGAUGGACGAUCCGUAUGAAGUCCUGCAGUUAAAGCGAUCCGCCACUCAGGCACAAGUAAAGGCGCAGUACAAAACACUCGCCAAAGUCUUUCACCCAGACGUGGCCCAAAACCAACAACAACAACAACAGACUUAUCAUAAUAAUAAUAAUAAGAAUAAUAAAUAUGGUGGGAAUAAUGAUGCCUGCAGUGAAGAGGCCGCUCGUCAUCGCUUUGCCCGCAUUUCACAGGCCUAUCAAAUUCUCUCAAAUGCCGAAAAGCGACGGGCGUAUGAUCUCGGCGGGGCUCGCGCUCUCCGCCUGCAUGAAAGUCACGCCGGCCGGUUUAUGUCCCGCACGCCGGAGGAAAUGGUCCAGAGUGUCUUUGGUGGGGCCGCCUUCCAACAGACGGUGUUGGGGCCGCUGCUGCGAUCCCACUGGCAUCUCCGCAAUGAGGCCCAGGUGAGUGUCUCACUGCAUGAGUUUGAGGAACUGCAGUGCCUGCGAUGCCGCGAACUCGCCGUGGAGUUGGCGAAGAUAUUAGACGUGCAUGCAAACGCCACCGGCAUGCAAGGCCAUUAUUAUAGAAAACAUCCACAACAGGAUCAACAGCGGGGUGGUCGGGCACGUACGGAAAGUGUGUGUAGUUUGAUGGAUUCUCUCGGUGUGAAUAACGGUAGCGGUAAUGGGGCGACAGCAAAGCGAAAAUCGCAUAUCUCAACAACAACAACAACAACAACAACAACAACAACAACAACAACAACAACAGGAGGAGGAGGAGGAACUGUUGGAUCAGAUGCCUCCUCCUCUUCUUCUUCUUCUUCCCCAUUUGUAUUAACACCUGGAAGUAAUGCGUACAAUAUGUUCUCACGAGACUUUGAAGAGCGAUGUGAUCGAUAUACACGCCGACUAUCAGAAGCAUGUUUUGGGCGAGAGUUAAUGUAUACUGUGGGUCAAUCGUACAUUAUCUCUAGUCAGCGAUUUCUCGGAAUUCAGCCAUUUUACGCCCCGAAACUACAUGUGUAUAAGAAAAUCUUUUCAGGUGUAGAUCGUGUCUAUGCAGCAUUUCGUGAAAAAAUAGAUGACCGUGCGAAAAACAAAGAAUGGCUUGCUCAGAAAGUUAUGAUGGAAUACUUUAGUAUGGAGUUUGAUGCGGUGGUGGCGGAUAUGAGUGUGAUUCUCCGCUACUCCGCACAGAGUGUUCUGCAGGAUAUCACACUAACAGAGGAACAACGAUUACGGCGGUGUUAUGCUCUCUGGUAUUUGGGUGAACAGAUGGUGCGGAAGGGAACACCGUGGACGGCAGCAGCGGCACGUGAUGAUGGGGAAUUAAUGGCAUAUAUACAACAGGCCGCGAACUCGGCAUCUACUACAAGUAAACCAGGGCCAUUCUAA